CGACCAGUAGAAAUAAAAUCCACUGGCAGGAGAUCGAAGGAAUUGAUGUCUGAAUCUGGACUCCCCCCAAAAAACUCUUCCUUCUGCUUUCUACCCCGAGCUUAAUGAAUUCAGCUGGAUGGACUCCUCCUCGUGGACAUGGAAGAUUUAUCAUCUGUAUCACGGUAACGAUCGAGCUCAUGGGGUGGACCUUUGGGGUGCAUUCAUGAGUUUAGCUCCGAUUCUCUCCAGACUCGCAGCCGCUUCUGGCAGAGGCUUUGCCGAUUUGGGGAUCGAGGUCCAUGGCACAGUCUCGGUGGCAAAUGAGAAGGCAGCCGACAGCAUCACACCCCCCCCCCGCGGCAGCCUUCUAAGCACUAGUAGUAGUGGCGGUGGUUAGCACAGUUCACGAACAGUGGGAGGAGCGGGGGCUCGGCUCAGUCUGAGAACGGGACGGAUGGACGUCCCGAAGGUGGGGAAGAAGAGCUGCAGCUGGCGAAAUUGAGAGCGACGGGCAACGGCCAGAUCAUCCGAUCGGCUAAUUAUAGUUCGGUGGUAGACGAAGAGAAUCGCAGGCGAGCCCCCGGUCGAACCACCGUCGGUAGGGGGGCUAGACCGGGCCGGGCCGGGGUUAGCAGUAGCAU